AUGUUUCUGGUGGAGUUGAUCGAGACGGUUGUCUCCUGGGAAUGCCGGACUUUGGUGGAUCCAGAGACCGAGCGGUUCUACAUGGCGGCGGUGCUCGCCUUUUACUUCGUGCAAGCUUUCAGCGGGUUCUGCAUGGCGAUCAAAGAUUGCCGGAAGUUGAAUCGGCCCUCCUCGCAGCCGGAGGAGUACGGACUCCCACUCCACAACCCGGCGGCGUUGCUAAAUUUCACCAAUGUCAACCGGGGCACCGACCACUUCAGCAUCACCAACAACAUCAGCAUCGCAUACCCGCCUCCUCCCUCCUCACCAGCUUCCCGCGUGUGGGACCCUCUCUCCGGAGAGAUACACGCGCCCGUCAGACGACGUGGUGGCAGAGCACGAGGUGAACGUUGGACCGACAUGUGA